AUGGCUGCUAAGAAAGGGAAACUUGUCUAUAUUCAAAAUCUUGAUAUUCGGUUUGGACCUGCUGACAUAGAGUUGCAAUUCUACUUCUGCCCACGCAAAGCAUAUGCCAUAUUCAAUACUGAAGAUGCUGCUGAUGCUGCCAUUUCAAAAAUCAAUUCUGGUUUGGUUGUUGGUGGAAGACCUCUUCACUGCAGCAAAGGGUUACUUGAGGUUCCAAAAUCUUCAAAGAAUCUUGUUGGGCACCUCUCCUCACAUGUCCAAAUAGGUCACAAGCAGAGCAAGGCCGUAUCAACCUCGCAUUGUUCCCAGCCCAACACGAUCGAGUAUGACUUGGCCUUAGACUGGAUGCUUCUUCGGGAAAAGCAAGACCAAAGCUUCAGAAUACUUCACAAGCACAGAGAAGCCAGGAAAGGGUUUGCAAGCCUGGGCAGCAAAAGUUCGAAGGCAGAGAAAUAG